AUGGCCGCCCCAGCAUCUGUCAGUGUUAAGAACCUACAAGGGAAAUGGGUCAUGAACAAGAGCCAGUCUGACAGCUUCGAGCCUGUUCUUGCCCUCCAAGGCAUCGGCUGGCUGACCCGUAAGGCACUCGGUGCUGCCACUGUAACCCAGCACCUGAAGCAACACGUCGCCGAGGACGGCACCUCUGUGCAGAUUGACAUUGACCAACUCGUCUCCGGUGGUCUAAAAGGUACCUCGGAGAAACGCACACUCGACUGGGAGUAUCGUGGACACACCGACUAUCUCUUUGGCACAGUCAAGGGCCGCAACAGGUAUACCACACUUGCUACUGUGCUCGAGGAAGCGAAGGGCAAGGGUGUCGUAGAGGAAGAUGCGAAAUUUCUUGCCGAGGGCUGGCUCAAGGAGACCGCAGAGGGCGAUAUAAUUGAGGCUUUUGUGGAAAACGAGGGAAACAAGUGGACAGCAUGGCAGAUCUGGGGUUUCGCGGAGAUUGGCGGGGAGAGGAAGUACGUCAGGCGUAUUGCGGUGCGGAAGACUGACAAGAACGAGGUGCAGAGGGUGAGGCUUGUGUAUGACUAUGCUGGAGAGUUGGCGUAG